UGCAAGACGAGAUUCCCAAGCAUCGACCGCGGGCUUUUGACCGUCUCGUGAUAUCACGACCUCCCGACGGCCCCUCGUGUGUUCACAAAAUAUCUCAUAUUUAUUUUUUUUUCAUAUUAUUAUCAUUACUCCUUCAAAUCAGUUCUUUUUUCAUGUGUUUAGAAACAUUAAAAAAAAAAGAAACGAAAUGAUUUAUUUUACUUGUUUUGCAAAUAAACAAAUGAUUACAUUGAACAAUUUUUGAAUUUUCGUUUACAACGAAUGUCAGUGACAGUGAUCACAGAAUGGCUCUGUCUUGUUGGGAGAAAAUUACAAUUGUUGUGGUGGCCGCAGUGGGUCUACGAAUAUUAAUAAGGGCAAGUGUAUUGGCAUGGAAGAAAUUAAUUGCCCCGGGUCUUGGAUUGGGUAUUGAUGUGGCAACACAGGGCAAAUGGGCAUUAGUCACUGGGGCGACUGACGGCCUUGGGAAAGCUUACGCAAAAGCUCUGGCCAACAAGGGACUCGACAUUAUUCUCGUGUCGAGGUCCAUUGACCGAUUGAAGGAAGCUGCAUCGGAAAUUAAACAGGCCUACGGGGUCGAAACGCGGGUCAUUGAGGCCGAUUUAACCGAGGGUCAGGCUGUCUACAAUAAAAUUGGCAAAGCCAUUGAGGAUCUAGAGGUGGGAGUACUGGUGAACAAUGCCGGUAGGAGUUACGAGCAUCCAGAGUUGUUUACUCAUGUUAGUGAGGAGACUUUGGCGAAAAUAUUGCAAUUGAAUGUGGCCGGUGUCACGGGGGUUGCAAGGGCAGUUCUUCCUGGAAUGAUGGAGAGGAGAAGUGGUGUUGUCAUCAAUAUUAGUUCAACGGCGGCUGCAAUUCCCAGUCCAUAUUUAGCGGUCUAUGCGGCCAGCAAGGCUUAUGUUGAUAAAUUGAGUGCAGAUCUUGCUGCGGAAGCUGCUCCCAGAGGGGUGACAGUGCAGUGCGUCUUGCCCGGACCAGUGGCCACCAAAAUGUCAAAAAUCAAGAGAGCAACGUGGAUGGCACCAACACCGGAGAAAUUUGUCGAAUCACAAUUAAAAACAAUUGGAAUUGAAUCGAGAACAACGGGCUAUCCUCCACAUUGUUUAAUUGUGGGAUUCAUCAGGGCAUUGCAAUGUAUUUGCGAAAAGGGUGCUGUGUGGUUGGUUGUGAGAACAAUGCUCAAUAUUCGCGGUAGGGCACUCAGAAAGAAGACCAAGGAUCAAGAGGAAGUGAGUGACGUACCCGAACGAGCUAGUGCAUCAUAAUUAUAAUAUCCUUAGUGAAAAAAAAAUCUAUAUAUUCAAAAUUGCCAUAUUUUUUAGUUUAUAAAAUAAUAAUAUAUUAUUUUCCUAGAAAGACUGCAAUCUACAUGUGUAUUUUUCAUCAAAAUUUAACACAAAAUAUUUAUAAAAAAAAAAUAGAGGAUCAUGAAAUUUUGGCCUAUAGAUUCAAAAAGAAACUAAUUAAGAAUAAAUAAUUUGCAUCACUCGAAAAAUCUUUAAAAAUUAAAAAUUAAAUUCUCUUUGUUACUCAUUUCUUACAGGUAUUUGAAUCAUAUUAUGAUGUCACAGUUUUAAAACCGUGACGUCGGUUCAAAUAUUUCAAUUACACUGAAUACUUUUCUAAUAUUUGGAAUAAAUUUUUUUUUCUAACUCUAAAACUAAUUCACACAACAAAUGAAAUAUAGAAAUUUUAAAUAUUCAAAAUAAGAUAGUUUGCGAUAUAUGUAUUCUGAAUAAAUUUUCUUUUUUCUAUUUACAUAAUUCAUAUUUUUAAAAGCUUACUAUGAAGUUUUCUAUUAUGUACAAAAUGUCUUCAAAUAGGAUUAAAUUUAUACACACACAUGUAUUAUAUGUGAAAUUAUAAAAAAUGUACUGUUAGGUAUAAAAAAAAGGCGGAAGGCGUGUUUUAAUUUAUAAGCAAAUUAAUUUUACAUAAAUCUAAGUGCGAUUCGGAAGAUUUCUUCUAAUAUAUUAAAAUAUAAGCUGGACGAAAUUUUAUGUAAUUGUGCCUUACUGUAUAGAAGAAAUUUUCGAAUUUUGUAAAACAAAAUUAAUGAAUUUAAAAAAAUUUUUUAAAAAUAUUUAAAAAAUUAUAUUUAAAGAAUGAAUUUUAAAAAGUAUUUAAAAAAAUGAAGUUUUAAAAUUGUUACAAGAAGUUAAAAAUUAAUACAUAAAUAUAUGUAUGUAAAUUGAAAAUUGUCGGAACAUUUGAAAAAUUGUGGAACUUUGUUUAAAUUUACAUUAUGAUGAUUUUCGUUUCUUUAAAAGUGUGUGUACAUUGUUAUAUAUUUAUAAAAAAAAAGAUAGCAUUUGAAAAAGAUUACGCACGCAUAUAGUUGACCUGAACCUUUAUGAAUAUGCAUUUAUUCACUUUUUUUUUACUUUGACAUGUUUAAUUUAUUGAUGAGUUCACACAAUUAGAUGAUUGUGAUAAUUUUUCGUCUAUGAAAAUAAAAGCGAAAAGUAGAAAAAUUUUCUGAA